AUGGUCGACUACCUCGGUGAUGUUGACGAGGAGACCAAAUCCAAGGUGGCAGCUAGUGCUGGCUACCCAGCAAGCAUGCUGGAAAGGCCGGCCAAAAAGCUUGAGGAGGCUGUCGCGGCAGCUGCUGCGGAGGAUUGGUUUAGCCCCUGCAAAGGCAGCGGAGGUCCAGAAGUGGUCCAGCGGUCUGAAGAGCCGCAGGAGCACCAAGAUCUUGCCUCUAAGAAAGGUGGGCAAGUUCUCAAGUGCCUGGAUGGUUUGGAUUGGGAACUGCUGGAUCUUGAGGAGGACACCAUGUCUGUGACCGUGACCUUCACGGAGGAGCUUUGGUCAGCCCUGUCGGGUGUGUCUGGCACUGCAUUCAAAGAAGCUGUGAGCUUUGAGCUGGCAGAGCAAGAGUUGCGAGUCCUACAUGCCGGCUCCGUGGUGUUGGACUUACGCCUCCCAGUUGCUGUAGAUGCGCCGAAGGCCUCUGCCAGUGUCAGCAGCCGCAAGAUGCGGGUAGCAGUGAAAGCCAAGAAGCUUGCGACACCUGCAGCUUAG